UAAUGUAAAAUAAGGAUAGUUUAUUCUUUUAAAGUCAACUCUUUGUAGCAGAAUUAUGUGAACCUAUAAGUUUGAUUGAAUUUGUAAUAGAUGAUCUAAAACCAAAAUAAGAAAUAGAACAAAAAAUAUCAUCAGGUCUUUAAGUUUCAGAUCGAAAAUAAAAAAUAAACAAUCAAAAGGAAAGGAGUAUAGAAUUGUUGAAAUAAUCUAGAUAGUCAAUCCAUCCAUAUCUAAGGUGACUCAUACCUAAUAAAGUAAAAAUAAUAAAUAAGAUUCUAUUUCUAAAGGGAAAAAUUGGUUUAUAAAGAAAUUAAAUGAAGACAAUUAAUCUAAGUAGGUAUUAACUUGUUUACCUAAUUUACCUAAACCUAUAUAAAAUUAAGGAAAAUUAUUUUCAAAUACAGCAUCUAGAUAGAUUAAAUAGAGAUUAAAUAAAUUUAUGGUUGAUUAGAAUAAGAAUCAAUUUAUUAUUCAAAAUGACAUUUUAUAAGGAUAAAACUUUUCAUAAUAUCAUUUAAGUAAUAAUAUUAUAGACAUUAUAAAGAUCGAUUGAAAUCAGAUUCUCCAAAAUAAAUGCCAAUUUAUGAUGUUAAUUUUUUUUAGAACUUUUAAUAAUUCUUUUCUUGA